GAUAAUAAUCAUUCUUGGAUUACUUGUCCUAGCGGCUUUGCGGUGAUCUCUGGAUAAGAUCCUGCUCCUGAUCUUCUAUCUUUCUUGUCCUGGUGUUUGUACCUCCCUCACGAUGAGGUCCUUCCACGAGUCGAUAUCGCGGUGGACUGUCGCCCUCACCCUGCUCUGUCUGGGUCUGGUUAAUGCCCACUCCGUCAUCACAUACCCCGGAUAUCGAGGGAACAACCUGCACACCAACGGUACCGUCGAACAGACAAACGGUCUGGGCGUCGGCUGGGAGAAUGGCUCCUAUGUCUACCCAUAUGGAAUGCAAUGGAUCUACCCUUGCGGCGGCAUGGCCACCUCUCGCAAUCGCACCAAAUGGCCCGUCACCGGCGGUGCCAUCGCUCUGCAACCGGGCUGGUUCCGCGGCCACGAGACCGCCUUUAUCUACAUCAACAUCGGAUGGGGCACCGUUCCCCCGAACAUGAGCAACCCCAUGCUCUCAGUCUUCGAGAUCACCGGCCCCGAUAACGACCCGUACCCGGGUACCAUCUGUCUCCCGCAGGUGCCCCUGCCGGCCAACACAACCGCCAGCCCCGGAGACAACGCCACCAUCCAGAUUGUCGAGGCUGCCAAGCACGGUGCUGCUCUUUACGAUUGUGUGGACAUCACCUUCGUCGAACCGGGGGAGGCCGAGGAGGUGACCCCACAAAAUUGCUUCAACUCGUCGGAUAUCGGUUUCAAGUAUGUGUUCGCCUCGAAGUCGUUGACGACCUCCGGGGCGGUGCGGCUGAGCCAUCUGGGCCUCACAGCUGUGGUACCGGUGCUGCUGAUCGUGAUGUUUGGGUUUCUCAUGAUGUGAUGUGAUGUGAUGUGAUGAUACCCGCCCUCUUUCCCCCUUCUUCCAUCUUAUUAUACCCCGAGUCUGUCGAAUCCCCCGGUAUCUGCCGAAUGAACUCAUGCUGUCUGAUUUCUGGCGUCCGGCAAUAGUGGCAUUGGUCCCGUACAUACUGCAUCAUAACUAGUUAUGUCAUGUCAUCUUACUAUUACUUACUA